AAGAGUCGACAUGGCUAGCGACUCCCCAGCUCGCAGCCUGGAUGAAAUCGAUCUCUCCGCCCUGAGGGACCCUGCAGGGAUCUUUGAGUUGGUGGAACUGGUCGGAAAUGGAACGUAUGGUCAAGUGUAUAAGGGUCGCCAUGUCAAAACAGGACAGCUUGCAGCCAUUAAGGUUAUGGACGUCACAGGGGAUGAAGAGGAGGAAAUCAAACAAGAAAUUAACAUGUUGAAGAAAUAUUCUCAUCACAGGAACAUCGCAACAUACUACGGUGCUUUCAUCAAAAAGAACCCUCCGGGCAUGGAUGACCAGCUAUGGUUGGUGAUGGAGUUCUGUGGUGCUGGCUCCGUCACUGACCUGAUCAAGAACACGAAGGGCAACACACUUAAAGAAGAGUGGAUCGCGUACAUCUGCAGGGAGAUCUUACGGGGCCUGAGUCACCUGCACCAGCACAAAGUGAUUCACCGAGAUAUUAAAGGGCAGAAUGUCUUACUGACUGAAAAUGCAGAAGUUAAGCUAGUGGACUUCGGAGUGAGUGCCCAGCUUGACCGAACAGUGGGCAGGAGGAACACGUUCAUUGGAACCCCCUACUGGAUGGCACCAGAAGUCAUUGCCUGUGAUGAGAACCCAGAUGCCACGUAUGAUUUCAAGAGUGACUUGUGGUCUUUGGGAAUCACCGCCAUCGAGAUGGCAGAAGGUGCACCCCCCCUCUGUGACAUGCAUCCUAUGAGAGCCCUCUUCCUCAUCCCCCGGAACCCAGCACCUCGCCUCAAGUCUAAGAAGUGGUCAAAAAAAUUCCAGUCAUUUAUUGAGAGCUGCUUGGUAAAGAAUCACAGCCAGCGACCAGCCACGGAACAGCUGAUGAAACAUCCAUUCAUUCGAGACCAACCUAAUGAGAGGCAGGUCCGCAUUCAGCUGAAGGACCAUAUCGACAGGACAAAGAAGAAGCGGGGAGAAAAAGAUGAGACUGAGUAUGAAUACAGUGGAAGUGAGGAGGAAGAGGAAGAGAACGACUCCGGGGAACCCAGCUCCAUUCUGAACCUGCCAGGGGAGUCAACACUGCGGCGAGACUUCCUGAGACUGCAGUUGGCCAACAAGGAGCGCUCAGAGGCCCUGCGGCGGCAACAGCUGGAGCAGCAGCAGCGUGAGAAUGAAGAACACAAGCGGCAGCUGCUGGCUGAGCGCCAGAAGCGCAUCGAGGAGCAGAAGGAGCAGAGGCGGAGGCUGGAGGAGCAACAAAGGCGAGAGAAGGAGCUCCGGAAGCAGCAGGAACGGGAACAGCGCCGACACUAUGAAGAGCAGAUGCGCAGGGAGGAGGAGAGGAGGCGCGCGGAGCAUGAGCAGGAGUACAUCAGGCGACAGUUAGAGGAGGAGCAGAGACAGUUAGAGAUCUUACAGCAGCAGCUACUGCAUGAACAAGCUCUACUUCUGGAAUACAAGCGCAAGCAGCUGGAAGAGCAGAGGCAAGCGGAAAGACUUCAGAGGCAGCUAAAGCAAGAGCGGGACUAUCUGGUGUCCCUCCAGCAUCAGAGGCAGGAGCAGAGGCCCUUGGAGAAGAAGCCGCUGUACCAUUACAAGGAGGGCAUGAGUCCCAGUGAGAAGCCAGCCUGGGCCAAAGAGGUAGAAGAACGCUCAAGACUAAAUAGACAGAGUUCGCCUGCCAUGCCUCACAAGGUCGCCAACAGGAUCUCUGACCCCAACCUGCCCCCAAGAUCAGAGUCCUUCAGCAUCAGUGGGGUUCAGCCUGCUCGGACACCCCCAAUGCUCAGACCUGUUGACCCCCAGAUCCCACAGCUGGUAGCUGUAAAAUCCCAGGGACCUGCCUUGACCGUCUCCCAGUCAGUGCACGAGCAACCCACAAAGGGCCUGUCUGGGUUCCAGGAAGCUCUGAAUGUGACCUCUCACAGGGUUGAGAUGCCACGCCAGAACUCAGAUCCCACCUCAGAAAACCCUCCUCUCCCGACUCGCAUUGAGAAGUUCGACCGAAGCUCUUGGUUACGACAGGAAGAAGAUAUUCCACCAAAGGUGCCUCAAAGAACAACUUCUAUAUCCCCAGCAUUAGCCAGGAAGAAUUCCCCUGGGAAUGGCAGUGCUCUGGGCCCCAGACUUGGAUCUCAACCAAUCAGAGCAAGCAAUCCUGAUCUCCGCAGAACAGAGCCUGUCCUGGAGAGCCCCUUGCAGAGGACCAGCAGCGGCAGUUCCUCCAGCUCCAGCACGCCCAGCUCCCAGCCCAGCUCCCAAGGAGGCUCUCAGCCUGGGUCACAAGCAGGAUCUAGUGAACGAACCAGAGUUCGGGCCAACAGUAAGUCAGAAGGAUCACCUGUGCUCCCCCACGAACCUUCCAAGGUGAAACCUGAAGAAUCCAGAGACAUCACCCGACCCAGUCGACCAGCUAGCUAUAAGAAAGCUAUAGACGAGGGAGAAAUGGACCUGACGGCAUUAGCUAAAGAGUUAAGAGAACUCCGGAUUGAAGAAACAAACCGCCCACUGAAGAAAGUGACCGACUACUCCUCCUCCAGUGAAGAGUCAGAGAGCAGUGAGGAGGAAGAGGAAGAUGGGGAGAGUGAGACACACGACGGGACAGUGGCUGUCAGUGACAUCCCCAGACUAAUACCAACAGGAGCUCCGGGGAGCAACGAGCAGUACAAUGUGGGAAUGGUCGGGACACAUGGACUGGAGACCUCACACGCGGACACCUUUGGCACCAGUAUUUCCAGAGAAGGAACCUUGAUGAUCAGAGAGACUGCUGAAGAGAAGAAGAGAUCUGGGCACAGUGACAGUAAUGGCUUCGCAGGUCACAUCAACCUCCCAGACCUAGUGCAGCAGAGCCACUCCCCAGCCGGGACUCCCACCGAGGGACUGGGUCGUGUCUCCACCCAUUCCCAGGAGAUGGACUCUGGGACUGAAUAUGGCAUGGGAAGCAGCACCAAAGCCUCCUUCACCCCCUUCGUGGACCCCAGAGUGUACCAGACAUCUCCCACAGAUGAAGAUGAGGAAGAUGACGAGUCCUCCGCUACUGCCCUCUUUACUAGUGAACUUCUUAGGCAAGAACAGGCUAAACUCAAUGAAGCGAGGAAGAUUUCCGUGGUAAAUGUGAACCCAACGAACAUUCGCCCUCACAGUGACACGCCUGAAAUCAGAAAAUACAAGAAACGCUUCAAUUCCGAAAUACUUUGUGCAGCUCUGUGGGGUGUAAACCUUCUGGUGGGAACUGAAAAUGGCCUGAUGCUCUUGGACAGAAGUGGCCAAGGCAAAGUCUACAAUCUUAUCAACCGGAGGCGCUUCCAGCAGAUGGACGUGCUAGAAGGGCUAAAUGUCCUGGUGACGAUAUCAGGAAAGAAGAAUAAGCUGCGUGUUUACUAUCUUUCAUGGCUAAGAAACAGAAUACUGCACAAUGACCCGGAAGUGGAAAAGAAGCAGGGCUGGAUCACAGUUGGGGACCUGGAAGGCUGUAUUCAUUACAAAGUUGUUAAAUAUGAGAGGAUCAAGUUCUUGGUGAUUGCCUUAAAGAAUGCAGUGGAGAUAUAUGCUUGGGCCCCUAAGCCUUAUCACAAGUUCAUGGCGUUUAAGUCUUUUGCAGAUCUUCAGCAUAAGCCUCUGCUUGUUGACCUCACAGUAGAAGAAGGUCAAAGGUUAAAGGUCAUUUUUGGCUCACACACUGGUUUCCAUGUAAUUGAUGUUGAUUCUGGAAACUCCUAUGAUAUCUACAUACCAUCCCACAUCCAGGGCAACAUCACUCCUCACGCCAUCGUCAUCUUGCCCAAGACGGAUGGGAUGGAGAUGCUGGUUUGCUACGAGGACGAGGGGGUGUAUGUGAACACCUACGGCCGGAUCACCAAGGAUGUGGUGCUGCAGUGGGGAGAAAUGCCCACCUCUGUGGCCUACAUUCAUUCCAAUCAGAUAAUGGGCUGGGGCGAGAAAGCUAUUGAGAUCCGGUCAGUGGAAACAGGACAUUUGGAUGGAGUGUUUAUGCAUAAGCGAGCUCAAAGGUUAAAGUUUCUAUGUGAAAGAAAUGAUAAGGUAUUUUUUGCAUCCGUGCGAUCUGGAGGAAGUAGCCAAGUGUUUUUCAUGACCCUCAACAGAAAUUCCAUGAUGAACUGGUAACGGAAGAGCACUUGGCACUUAUCUUCAUGGUGUUCUUUCUAAUGUAAGAGAACAUAACACAUGUGGACGUUUGCCAGUCUAGAGGCAGACUCAGAAGGCCUGGUUGAACAUCCCGCUUUCCCGUUUCCUCUCCCUCCGUCCCUCCCAAUAGAGUCCCUCUUUCAGUGUUGCAGCCUGGUUGAGAAGGAGAGAAAGAGGUGGCAGGAAUGUCCGGGAGAUGCCGAGGAUGCUGCAUUGUCUGUGGACACAGUUGGACCUUGUGCCCUUCGGAGUUAGGGAUAGAAACAAAAUUGUGUGCUUUUAUGAUUAAGCUGUGUUUGUGCUGGCUUUUCAGUUCUUUUGGUCUGGGAUUUUUUAAACUUUUUUUUUCCUUAACCCCCCUAAUUUGGAAAAAAGGGGAAAAAAAGCAAAACGGGAAAAUAAAACUUUUUUUUUUUUAAUUCUGUCUGCCUGCUAGCUUUAAGUAUAUGGUAUGUUGUAAAAUCUCCAAUUCCCGGUAGUGAGAGACAGCACAAUAAAUGUACCUUAUCUCCCUGUACUGAAGGCCAUAACCGCGUUGUCGGGUAAUUUAAGAAUUCUCUUGCCUUCACCAACCCAAGAGGAUGUUUUGUUGUUGUUGAUUUUUUUUUUUUAAUUGCUACUGGCUAAUGAAUUUUUGAAAGAGAAGCAAAAUAGCUGGUUUUCUCCUCUCUGGGGAAAUAGAUUUUAAAUGGCUAAGCUACUAGCCUUAAUCUAAUAAAACCAACUGCUAUGUUGUGAGUCUGGCAGGCCGUAUUUUGAUAUGGCCCUUUCUGGAUGGAGGGUGUUGAAUGGGACAGAUUGCCACUGAGUUGAAUGGUCUUGUGACUGUGGAGGGACUCUGGGAUGCCAUUGUCCUCGAUUAUUAUGCAAGAGAUCAGGGCGAAACAUGGGAUGACAGGUGGGUCACCCCGAAGGAGCUUCUGAGAAAUGAGCUAAUAUGUCUAUGUAAAUACACAUGCGUUCUUUCUUCAAGGCACAAAGCGUCCCUGCUAAGAGGUCCCUUCGUUUGGGCUUGGUUAGGACGGAGACUGGUGGAGAUCUUUCCUGGAGCUGGGGUUAACAUGACAGCCAUGCUCUGGAAACCCAGCUCCCUCCCAAGGGUGCCACUUUCUCAAGAUAAAAACUGUGACAAAGAAGAAUUACUAAUAAAAGUUUCUGAGCUGCCUGUGUUCGCACUGGGUCAAGGGACUAGACUCUCCAGCCUGCCCCAAACAUUGCAGGCACCAACAGCUCAGACUUUAGGGGACCUGAAGGCAAGGCUUUGGCCAAAAUUCUGAGACCCUAAUCACGUUAUGUUCCUCUAAACUUCCCAACAUACUGUUAACAACAUCUGUGCAGAGGUGUGUAUGUGUUUAGUUCAGGUUGACUUGUGUCCUUCUAAACCCUUACUCGAAUGAUUUGACCCUUUAUGUGACUGGCUGGGAUUCUUCCCAAAGCUAUGAGCAUGGCCGCCUAUGGUAUCUAGGUGUUGCGAAAUGGUAUCUGUGCUGUGCUUCCUGUUUUAACCUACCUCGUUUUGUUUGGUUUGGUUUCUCUGUUCAUCACAGCAGUGUUAUCUCCAGGAGACAUAUAGAGAGCUCAACUGGGCAAUCUCAGCUGUAUUGAAUAUUUUCAAAACAGUAGUUGACCAAACUGUUCUUUAAAAAUUGGAGGGAGAAAAAAAAAUCUCCAAUGACCAAAACCUAAUGAGGUUUGUUUUUAAAGAAUGCAAUUUCUGUAAAUGGAUCAGAAAAAGAAAAACAAAGAUCGUGAUCCUACUGAUUUUGCCUAAACAAAUGAGCAGCUAGUGGACUAUUAAUGAGAACGAAGCAUAUGUUAGGAGAACGGUACCUUUUUAAUCUGGUGGUUUGGCCAAAGGGGAUGAGAAGGGGAAAUAUUCGGAGUUCCGACCUAUAGCUUAUUCUGUACUCCCCAAGGAUGAGGUCGUGUGCAGUUAUCUGAAGCAGGUAACACACAGGUGUGCAAUGAGGGUGGUCUCCAGGCAACCCCAGGAUGAACCCAUCAUGGUCCCUUUAGCUCUCAGAAGCAAUGAAACCCUCCCGUUCUCAUUUUUACUGCUGGGGUUAUGCUGCUGAACAACACUGUCUUUACAAAUUCUAGGGGACAAAUUCAGCAAGAGCUCUGGGUUAAAUUUAGCAACUGCGAAAAUUGGAUGCUGAUAUGAAUAUUAGAUAAUGGGGAUUUGGGUCUUGUCUCCAGACGUGAUUGCCACCAGCUCUUUAUAUUGCUGCUGUGACAGUUUGAACCAGAGGCUUCUUAAAUUAUGUUGCAAACUGAUCGUCGUUUUUAUGUUUUGUUUUGUUUCGUUCUUAUUUCUACGUGACACAUCCAAAACACACAGCUUUAAAUGAUUUUUUUAUUGUGGGACUUUGGGUACAGUUAAGAAAUAAAAGGGAAUCAUUGUGUUUAAACAUAAGGUAGUUUGUGAAUGUAUUUUUUAAAAUCUAGAUUCAUUGGAACAAAAAUCAUAAGAAAACAUAUUAAUGCCGUCUUGUUUACAGUAUGGACAGUGACAUAACAUAACAUGAGCUUUUUUCUGGUGCCAACAAAACAAAAUAAAACACAGACGUUAAACAUCAAGCCAUGCCUUUUAUAUUUUUGUACAAAUAUUUUGCACUGAGUGUAAGGCAAAAUCAAAUCUAAAAGAGACCCGCAAAUCUCUGCCCCUUAAAACACAUUUAUAGAAUUCCUUGAAGCAGUUAUCUUCAAAAGUAAAUAUUCCAGUAGUUAUGACAGGUCUCAACCCUACAUUGUGAGACCUUGGUCAUGCAAAGUAGAAUGGUGCCCUUGUGGUUCAUCUUACAGUUUCCAAAUUUGGAGGUGGAUUUCCUUUUCUCUAUUUGUUUUUUUUUUUUUCUGGUGGGUGUGAUCUCUUUACCUGAUGUAAUUUAAAAUUUCUUCUGUUUUUAUCUUGCCUUUUAAAAGGUUUGUUCCUAGAAAUUAUUCGGACUUCUGUUUUUCUACAAGAAAGAAGAGGCUUCCCCAAAUUAAGCUUUAGUACCCCUGGGCAUCCUCAACACGCUAAAUUGCUGACCAUCAGCAAACCCACUGAGCGUGCUCACACCAUAACGUGGGCGUAGGACCUAGGAAGAGACCACUGUGCUUAAGCGCCAGCCAGGACAUUGUAGCUUAGAUUCCUAUAUCCAGAGAAAGCUGGAGGUAGAUGGACUGGGAUGCCAUCCAGAUCAUAUGUAGAAUCCCACAGCAUACAAGCAACAGUUACAUUGACUACCACAUGAAACCUAAUAGCUUUAGUUAGAGCUCAGUAACUUUCUGGAGGAAUUUUAUACUUUAAGACUUAGACUUGUUUGUAUGAUUAUGAUUCUUAUUCAGUAGGGUAAAGUCAGUUUGAGGCAAACUCUCAUGAGGCCACUAAGACAGGGUCCCCUUCUCUGUGAGUUCCAGACCAGCCUGGUCUACAAGAGCUAGUUC